GUCAAAUUGCUGUGAAAUCAUGGCGAAGCACUGGAGUUUCACCUGUUUAGUGGCACUAGCCUUGCUAGGAUGCUCAGUUAGAACCCAAGCUCAAGAAAAAGCUCAGAACUCGCAAGACCCUUCACCACGGAUGGUAAAAGGCGUCUCACCACCUCAAAAUCCAAAGCUCUCUACAUUGCCACAGCCACCAUGGAUCCCACCACAUCCACAUCCACAUCCACCAUGGACCCCUAAAGAUCCACAUCCACAUCCACCAUGGACCCCUAAAGAUCCACAUCCACAUCCACCAUGGACCCCUAAAGAUCCACAUCCACAUCCACCAUGGACCCCUACAGAUCCACAUCCACAUCCACCAUGGACCCCUAAAGAUCCACAUCCACAUCCACCAUGGACCCCUAAAGAUCCACAUCCACAUCCACCAUGGACCCCUACAGAUCCACAUCCACAUCCACCAUGGACCCCUAAAGAUCCACAUCCACAUCCACCAUGGACCCCUAAAGAUCCACAUCCACAUCCACCAUGGACCCCUACAGAUCCACAUCCACAUCCACCAUGGACCCCUACAGAUCCACAUCCACAUCCACCAUGGACCCCUACAGAUCCACAUCCACAUCCACCAUGGACCCCUAAAGAUCCACAUCCACAUCCACCAUGGACCCCUAAAGAUCCACAUCCACAUCCACCAUGGACCCCUAAAGAUCCACAUCCACAUCCACCAUGGACCCCUACAGAUCCACAUCCACAUCCACCAUGGACCCCUAAAGAUCCACAUCCACAUCCACCAUGGAUCCCUAAAGAUCCACAUCCACAUCCACCAUGGACCCCUAAAGAUCCACAUCCACAUCCACCAUGGAUCCCUAAAGAUCCACAAGCACGGAAGCCUCUUUAUGAUCAAACGCCGCAGGUUCCACCAGCUCCACAGACACCAAAUUUCCCUCAGUAUCCUCAAACGCCGCAGGUUCAACCAGCUCCACAGACACCAAAUUUCCCUCGGUAUCCUCAAACGCCGCAGGUUCAACCAGCUCCACAACCACCAAAGUUCCCUGAGUAUCAUCAAACGCCGCAGGUUCAACCAGCUCCACAACCACCAAAGUUCCCUCAGUAUCCUCAAACGCCGCAGGUUCAACCAGCUCCACAACCACCAAAGUUCCCUGAGUAUCAUCAAACGCCGCAGGUUCAACCAGCUCCACAGACACCAAAUUUCCCUCGGUAUCCUCAAACGCCGCAGGUUCAACCAGCUCCACAACCACCAAAGUUCCCUCAGUAUCCUCAAACGCCGCAGGUUCAACCAGCUCCACAACCACCACAUUUCCCUCAGUAUCCUCAAACGCCGCAGGUUCAACCAGCUCCACAACCACCAAAGUUCCCUCAGUAUCCUCAAACGCCGCAGGUUCAACCAGCUCCACAACCACCACAUUUCCCUCAGUAUCCUCAAACGCCGCAGGUUCAACCAGCUCCACAACCACCACAUUUCCCUCAGUAUCCUCAAACGCCGCAGGUUCAACCAGCUCCACAACCACCACAUUUCCCUCAGUAUCCUCAAACGCCGCAGGUUCAACCAGCUCCACAGACACCAGUUUACAAACCAAGUGUGGUAAAGCAGCCUGCAGCACAGAGUUGUGUCGUUGCAGAAAACGUGAGAAUCCCAUGUGGAAGUUCUGAUAUCUCUGCCGCUGGAUGUGAAGAUAUAAACUGCUGCUUUGAUGGACGACAGUGUUACUAUGGAAAGACAGUGACUGUCCAGUGCACCAAGGAUGCCCAGUUCAUCGUGGUUGUGGCCAAAGAUGCCACUCUGCCCAACAUUAACCUCGAGUCAAUCUCACUGUUGGGACAAGGGCAAGGCUGUACACAUGUUGAUUCUAAUUCAGACUUUGCCAUCUACAACUUUCCUGUUUCUACCUGUGGCUCUGUUGUUAUGGAAGAGCCUGGUGUUAUAAUCUAUGAGAACAGGAUGUCUUCCUCAUUUGAGGUGGGAGUUGGGGAUCGUGGAGCCAUUACCAGGGACAGCUACUUUGAAUUGCUUUUCCAGUGCAGGUACAUCGGUACUUCUGUUGAGACUUUGGUUAUAGAAGUAUUAGAUCUUGUUGCCCCUCCCGUACCAGUCGCUGCCCUGGGACCCAUCAGUGUACACCUGAGGUUGGCUAAUGGCGAAUGCAAUACAAAGGGUUGUAAUGAAGUGGAUGUGGCCUAUACAUCAUUUUACACGGACACAGACUAUCCUGUGACCAAAGUACUGAGGGACCCUGUGUAUGUGGAGGUUCAACUCCUGGAAAAAACGGAUCCCAACCUCGUCCUGACUCUUGGUCGCUGUUGGACAACUACAAGCCCCUACCCUCACAGUCUGCCUCAGUGGGACAUUCUGAUAGACGGGUGUCCAUACAGGGAUGAUCGCUACCUGUCCGAACUGGUUCCGGUCGGGCCGUCAUCUGGUCUACAGUAUCCAAGUCACUUCAGGCGUUUCAUUUUCAAAAUGUUUACCUUUGUCAACCCUAAUUCAAUGGAACCCCUGAGUGAACAGGUGUUCAUUCACUGCAGCACAGCCGUGUGCACUACUGGAGCGGGUCGCUACUGUGAACCAUCAUGCUUCAGAAAAAGGAGAGACGUUCGGGCUGCGGACAAGAGCAAGGCUCAGUCAAAGGUCGUGGUUUCUGUUGGACCAGUGAUCAUGGGCGCCCCUCAGCAGUAAACAGCACAGCUUCAAGCUCGCGAAUCUGCCUGAAAACAUUUAUUAAAAGAUUUGAAACAUAAA